AGUUAGCCCGAAGAAUUUUCAAAGGAAUUCCUGAUCGAUUUCGUAUGACUGUUUGGCCACUUCUGCUGUGUGUAGCAGAAAUGAAAAAUAAAAAUAAAGAUAUUUAUACGAAAAUGCUUCAGAAAGCUCUAUCUUCUUCAGCUUCACUUAGCCAAAUCGAUUUAGAUGUGAAUCGAACAUUUCGCAAUACAAUUUACUUUCGUGAUCGUUAUUGUCCACGACAAUGUGCAUUAUUCCGUGUUUUAGCCGCUUAUUCAGUGUAUAACUCUGAAGUGGGAUACUGUCAAGGAAUGAGUGAAUUAGCUGGAAUAUUUCUUAUUUAUAUUGAAGAUGAAGAAGAUGCAUUUUGGGCAUUGAAUCAAUUAAUGACUAAUUAUCGUUAUAAUAUGCAUGGUGUAUAUGUUCCUGGCUUUCCUGGAUUAAAUCGUUUAUUCAUGCAUCAUGAACGUAUUGUUCGUAAAUUAUUACCUUUAUUAGAUAAACAUUUUAUUAAACAUGAUAUGUUAACUAGUACAUAUGCUUUAAAAUGGUAUAUGCAAUGUUUUUUAGAUAGAUUACCUGUUACUCUGGUACUUCGAAUAUGGGAUAUUUAUUUAUUGGAAGGUGAAAAGCUACUCUUGGCUAUGGCUUAUAACAUAUUGAAAAUGCACUGUAAACGUUUAUUACGCAUGGAUCAAAUGCAAAUGACAGCAUUUUUUCAAGAUGAAUUAGCUAAAGAUUUUCUAUUCGAUGAUGAUACUGUCAUUGAUUCAUUGAAAGAAUGUUUAGAAGUAUUGCAUAAGAUUAAAUUGGAUACACCGCCGCCAUUGUCAUCCGAUAUGCAACCUAAACGACUUGAUCGUUUCAAUUCUGAUCCAGUAUGGCAUGAUCGUAAUGGUGGUGGUACAUUAAUGAUGUCUACAACACAAACAUCAACAUUGAAACCGUCCAUAGACAUUCCUCUGCCAAGUAUAAAACCACAAUUAACAGAUCAAUCCAAUUUUGAUAGAAAAUUAAAUGCUCGAUUUUUACCAGCUCAUUUGCCUAGAACACUUUCAGUGAAUCCAAUUAAUUUAAACACUAUCAACAUCAAUAUACCAUCGUCUACACUAGAAUUAUCAUCAUCAUUAUCACCACCACUAUCAUCAACAUCAUCAUCAUUAUCAAAACGACCUGAUCAUUCUUCACCUGGUCUUAUUACUUCUACUACAUCAGUUUUAACAAACCCGACUAAUCGACGUUAUUAUUCUCCAACAAUUCAUCAUUCAUCAAAAUCACGUAGAAAUAAUCCUAAUUAUAUACUUGUUAGUAAUUAUCGUGCAAAAUUGAAUCAUCGUAUAUCGUCAUCUUCCAAACCGGAAACACCUUAUUCACCAUCGUCUACUUUGUUUAAUUUUGAUGAGAAUAUGUCAUACAGUGGUGGUGGCGGUGGCGGUGGCGGUGGUCUGAUGAAUCAUAAUAUUCCAAAUAUCUACUAUCAAUCACCGUCAAUAACAACAUCAAGUCAAUCUCUUAUUCAUUCUCCUGAUGAUCAUCAUUAUACAACAACAAGUGGUUCACAUUAUCGUAAUCCUCUAAGACAAUCAUCUCCAAAUUCCAGUAAUUCAAAAUUAUCAAAUCGUUCUGAAUUAUUAGAUAAUAAUAAGAGUAAUAAUAAUGAAAAAGAUAAUCAAUGGUUAUCUGUUGAUUCUUAUCCUGCUAAAAUAAAGAGAUCACCACAACUACAUUUAUCAAGAUAUACACAAAAUAAAGAAAUCAAUAUUAAACGAUACAAUGCUACUGGAUCUAGUAAAAAUAAAACACAAAAUCCCAAUACACCAAUCAUUGUAACCACACCAACAAUGACUUCCAAGUCACGUAUGAAUCGAUGGACAAGUGAACAAAUCUUAUCAGCCACUAUAAAUAAUCGUCCACCAUCAACUACAAGUUCUGAGUUAAGUUUUGAAGAACCAUGGCAAAAACGUGAAAAAUCUCCAUCAUCAUCAUUAUCAAAACAUAAAACAUUAAAAUCUACACAUGAUUAUUCUACCUCCGAACUGAAUUCUUCCAUUGAUGGUGGUAUAUUAACAACCACAUUAGAUAAAGUACUUAUUUCACCGCCACUUCCAAAGACAACAACGACAACAACAACUAACACCACCACUAUGAAAUCAACAACAGAAACUACAUACAAUGUAUGGAAUAAACCAAAUAACAGUAGUAAUAAUAAUGAUAAACAUUCCAAUUCACCAACUGUUAUCAAUUAUAAUUUCCCGUUACAAUCAUCACCAAUCUAUUCACCAACUAGUCCAAAUUUAUCAAUUCAAUCAUCACAAGAUACAACUACCACGACAAAACAUUCACAAACUAUGCUGAGGAACUCUUCAACAGCAUCUUCAACUGUAUCAUUAUUAUCACCUAGUGGUGGUAGUGGUAGAUCAAUUCAAAUUGUACGCAUAGAGAAUAAUACUAAUAAUAAUGAUAAUGAUAAUAAAAAUCUAAGAACAAACAAUCCUCCUCCGAUUGGUGAUCAUCAUCAUCAGGAUUAUUAUUAUUAUUAUCCUAAUGUUUCCAUGAAGAAACCAUAUUCAGAAUCAGUACGACCAAUCAAUAGUUAUGUUAGUCGUAUACCACCACCUGCUUCAGCAACACGAUCCAAAUUGAUCAUGAAACCAACAGAGAUUGUUAUGCCAGAACCGAAACCAAUUCCUAAUAAAACAAUCAAUAAAAAAUUGAUUACCAUUCAAUCGACCAAUUAAAUCAACAACAACAACAACAAAUGUCAAC